GGAAGUAAAUUCCACAGCUUACCGUUCUUGUUUUGACAGCUCGAAUUAAACAUUAAAACACGUCUAUCUCUGUACAUUUAUCUGCUAUUUCCCUCAUUGUUUCUGAGCAGUAUUCGAGUCGAAUAACCGACACGAGUAGCUGUAACUGACAGCACGGUACGGUACGUGAGGCUAAGGGGGGAAAUAGCCUGCCUGCACAUUCAUUAGCACCUCUAUUAAUUUAUUCCCUGGCGUUAACAUCUAGGUAGUGAGAGUCCAUGAGUCGCAGUCGGAACCCCCCUCCCCGGGGUCAAGGGGCAGCGCGAGCCAAACAGAUGGGACUGCUCCUUGACCUUUCCCCAGAUGGAGGGAUGGAUGAUGAGGGAAAUGAUGAAGAGCUGGAGGCAGAGCUGCUGAAUCUGGUGGGGGGAGGGGGAGGAGGAGGGAGAUCACAAGGGAAGAAAGGUGAAGGGAGAGCUCCCGUUCACAUGGCUGAAAUAGAGCGAAUGGCAGCUCUAUGCAUGAAAGACCUGGAUGAUGAAGAAAUAGGGGACGAAGAUCUGGAUGAUGAAGAUCUGCUGGCAGAACUGAAUGAAGUUCUGGAGGAUGAUGAGGAACAAACCCCUGCUCCCACCCCUCCUGCUGUCACACCUACUGCUCCCAAAGUGAGCGUCACAUCCCACUCUUCUCCUCCUGCUGCUCCCAGUGGUGCAACUGGACUGGAGUCCCGCCUGUUGGAACGAAUUGAAAUGUAUAAAACUGCCAUUUCUAAUGCCAAAGCUGCAGGGGAGACCAGCAAAGUUCGAAGAUAUGACCGCGGGUUAAAGACAUUGCAGUCCAUGUUAACCUCUGUCAAGAAAGGAAAACCAGUCAACGAGGAGGAGAUGCCGCCUCCUGUUGCUGUUGGUGGAAACCCCAAUGUCACUGCAGCGCCUGAAUCAGUCAAGGAACGAGAACUGCCAGAGCCGGCGUUGAUGCCUUCUCCUCCCACCAAUCAGAAACCUCUGAGGGAGGCUCCGCCAACAGCCCCUAAUACAAAGCCACACCAUCUGACCCCACCCCAAAAGCCUACUGCUGCCACUACUCCAGAAACACCCGCAAUCUCUCCACUCACCCCCAGCCAGCCUGAUGCACAGCACACAGGACUGAAACAGGCAGUGUUGUCCAGACAGAGGGAGUAUAAGAUGGCUGCCAUAAACGCUAAACAGAGCGGGGACAUUGACCAGGCCAAACAACACUACCUCACUGCCAAGAAGCUGGACGUGCUGGUGGAAGCACUGGACAGAGGCGAACCGGUAGACCUGAACGCACUACCUCCCCCUCCUGGAGACGUAGUAGCAGAACACCGUGCACCUCCUCCUCCUGCUCAGUCUUCCUCCAAGCCUGCUGCCCCAGCAGCUCCUGCACCCACCCAGGUGGCCACUGCAGACCUGCCUGCUCCCAGCAGUCUGGCAGAAGCCCUGCAGCAGAGGAUGGACAUUUACAAGUCAGCAGCAGAGGGCGCCAAGAGCAAAGGCGAUGAUCGUAAGGCUCGCAUGCACCAACGCAUUGUCAAGCAAUACCAGGAUGCCAUCAGAGCUCAUAAAGCUGGGCGACCUGUCAACUUAUCGGAUCUACCUGUGCCACCAGGCUGUCCACCACUUCAGGGCUCAGAGGGGGGUCAGCAGAACAUCAUGGGUGUCCUGGAAACAGCCAUGAAAAUAGCUAAUCAGGAUGCAGACGCAGAAGAUGAAGAAGAGGAUGGUCCAACAGAGGCUGCCAAGCCUGCAGUGCGUCCACCUGUCCAGAAAGCUAAGUCUCCAGCUCCACAGGCCCCAGGAGGCUCCUCAGCUCCAAAACUGGGACCUAAAGCCCAGCAGCAAGUGGAUUUCCUGUUGCUAAGGCGACAGGCAUUUUUGCGUGCAGCACUACACUCCAAACAGAUGAAGGACAUGACAGGAGCAGCGCAGCACCUCAGAAAUGCCAAGGGACUGGACCCCAUGAUCACCGCUGCCAAGUCUGGCCUGCCUGUUGAUAUAACCAAGAUUCCCAGCGUCCCAGUGAGUGAGGAGAACUACUCGCUGUCUCGCUCCCGUACCUCUCCUCUCUCCCCUCGCUCCAGUGAACAGUACCACGGCCUCAUGGAUCUUUUGCGAAAACAGCACGAGAAAUGUCUGGGAUGCUCUCAGCAGUUCACACUCAUGGGCAAUGUCGCUGAAGCUCUGAAGUUUGAGAAGCUAGUUGACGAGUGUAUGAAGAACAUAGAGAUACUGAAGAAUGCCCACGCCAAAGGCCACCCAGUCCCCAAGUGCCGCACAGAGGAGAGGACCUUCAACUCUGUGAAGAUCCACUCCAACCUGACACUUAAUGACCUGUCACUGUACAUAAUCAGAGGCAUCAACCUACCAGCUCCCUCGGGUGUCUCACCUAACGAUCUGGAUGCAAGUGUGAGAUUUGAGUUUCCCUUUCCCAGUGCGGAGGAAGCUCAGAGGGACAAAACCAGCACAGUAAAGAACACCAACAGUCCAGAGUUUAAAGAGCAGUUCAAACUCAGCAUCAACCGUUCGCACCGAGGCUUUAAACGAGUCGUCCAAUCCAAAGGCAUCAAGUUUGAAAUCAUCCACAAAGGAGGCUUGUUUAAGACAGACAAAGUAGUGGGCACAGCUCAGCUGAAGCUAGAGGCUCUAGAAAACCACUGUGACAUUAGAGAGAUCAUAGAGGUGGUGGAUGGACGUAAACCCACGGGCGGCAAGUUGGAGGUGAAGGUGAAGAUCAGAGAGCCUUUAUCAGGGGUUGAGUUCCACCCAGUGACAGAGAAGUGGCUGGUACUCGAUCCAGUCUCAUCCCUUUCUCCUCCAGAGAAACAAAAGGACCGGGCUCCGUCUCCUCGAUCUAAACCCAGACAUGAAGCGAGCAGCAGGAACAGUCAUCCCAACAACUCUCCUCCACAGUACAAACUCCACAGCUUCAGCCUCCUCAACUAUGACAGGGAGCGGCUGGAGAGAAAGAUUGCAGAGUGUCGAAAGAAUCGGCGGGAUCCCCCGUCUGACCUCAUCAGUCAACACAAAGAGGUCAUGCACAGACUGCAGUGGCAGAAAGCACAGCUGGAGCGAGCCUCUCCUGCUCUGCUGACGGAAUAUGAAAAUGUGCUGCAGCGAUUCACCCAAGGACUUGCUGACUCUGUGAAGAAAUACUCCAGCCAAGGCAACAGAGAUGCUGCGAAGGAUGCACUGGGCAGAUUGAAGAUAGUAGAGAAUGAGCUGGAAUCGCUGAGAAGGAAGCGCACUGGAUAAGAGGAGGAAAAGGGAGCAGAGGCUUGGCUGGAGUACUGUUAUCACAUCUCUCUCCGUCUCAUACACUCUCAUAAUACAAACACUACAGUUUAUACUUUAAGCACGUUUAGCAUGAUCCUGUGCUGCUCAUGCCCAUGACAACUGCAUGAGUCAAGCAGCUAAUUCAGUCAGUUGAUCAUAUACCUUGUGUCACCUGUGGUUCAUUGCCUGCCACAAUAGUUGAGAAUAAAUCUGUAACUUCAAAGGGACACAUAUUGAAGAAUGAAUUCAUAUUUGUUAAAGAGCUAAGGGAGAGGCAGCCUUAUUUGCACUUAAACAAGAAAGACACUACAGAAAACUGCUUCUACAGUACAGCUUUACUGACCAUACUCUCUCUCUCUUUUUUUUUUUCCAUCUUUGAUAAUUGUUGGUGAAGAGAUCUGUACGAAGACUUGACAUUUUACAUUUGACACCAGCUCAAAGAGUCUUUUGGUGUCCAUUGAUGACCAAAAAAAUGUGUGUGUGCUCGUGUGUGUGCUUGCUCUGAAGUGUGUUUAACCCAUGGACCGAGGUGUAUUUAACCCCCUUUUUCCCAUAUUUUAUGUGUGUAAUGAGCUUAAUCUAAUCUGUCUGCUCCAGUGUUCCCAGAUUACAGUAAUCUGCUCCGUUUGGAGUGGUGUGAUAUGGGAAUAAAAAAAAAAAAAAAAAAAAAAA